AUGGUUCAUGACCCCGUUUAUUUACUAUUCAAAAACAUUAAUAAAUUAUUUGAAAUGAAAAUCGUCAAAAUUUUACUACUUUUUUGUCUAGUCUUUUCAGUGUUCACAUAAAUUACUUAAGAAGCUCCAAAGGCAAGCAUUAGUAAGAUUUUAUAAUCCAUUUUUAUUAGCUAGUUCUGCCAACUCUGAUUCAACAUAAGGUCCCCCUACUGGUCAAUAAGUUUAAUAAAAUACAACAGGUAUCUAAUUAAGUUUAUGGUUUUUAGGUGGUUAACCACCAGGAAAUACAUAAUNA